CAAAAAAUAAAACUCCGCCAUUUUCAAGAAAGCCUUAAAAAGCAAAGGAAAAAAAAAACUCCGGCGAUCGGAAAUGGGUCAAAAAGGGUACCAAUCUCCGGCGAAAAAAUUGUUGUCAUGGGUUCGAAAACAAUCGAAAAAAAUGAAAAUAUUUAUGGGAGUAAUUACAGCAAUUAUUCUGGUGGUGACACUUAAGUUAGUUGUUCAUGAUCACAACUACUUUUUUGUUGUUGCUGAAGCUAUUCAUUCGAUUGGCCUUUUGGUUUUGAUAUACAAAUUGACUACUCUCAAGACUUGCUCCGGCCUUUCGUUGAAGACUCAAGUGCUUACAGCUAUAUUUUUGACAGUAAGAUUAUACUGUAGUUUCAUCAUGGAAGCAGAUAUCCACACUGUGCUUGAUUUUAUCACCCUUGUGGCUACAUUGUGGGUCAUAUAUAUGAUGAAGUUCAAGCUGAAGGCAUCCUACAUGGCAGAUCUGGAUAACUUGCCCUUAUACUAUACGAUAAUUCCUGCCGCAGUUGUAUCCUUCUUUGUUCAUCCUACUACAAGUCAUUUUCUGAUAAACCGGAUGCUUUGGGCUUUUUGUGUAUAUCUGGAAUCCGUCUCAGUGCUGCCUCAACUUCGCUUGAUGCAGAACGUUCAGAUAAUCGAGCCAUUCUCAGCUCAUUAUGUUUUUGCACUGGGAGUUGCAAGAUUCUUGGGUUGUGCUCAUUGGAUUAUUCAGGUUUAUGACACUGCUGGAGCAUAUAUUUACUUGGCUGGACGCGGUUACUUCUGGAUACCUAUGGUGUUUUUGGCAGAAAUGGUUCAAACGUUCAUCUUGGCCGAUUUCUGUUACUAUUACGUAAAGAGUGUCGUGAGCGGCCAAUUGAUCGUUCGCCUCCCAACACCGGUGUAAAAUUCCAAUGGAUGUAGCAAAGACACUCUAUUAACUUUUUGUUUGUUCUAAGUUAUUACAUUAUGUGCAAUGAAACUCCCAAGUUUUUGUUUUA